UCAUUACAUAAACAAACCGAUCGCGUUUUCGGCGGAACCGGAAACAUCCGUCCACCGGAGUCUGUUGAUGAAAACAAAAUCACCAAGGCCCGUUUCCAGAAGCCGGCUUUAGACCGGGUCAAACUCCAGCUCUGAGCUCAUUAAACCCGGAACAUGAGCCUGGACCCGGUCUUUGGGAUCCGGUCUGUUCUCACCCGGUUCUAAUUCCGACCCUUUAGCUUUAGCCGCAUUAGCCUGUUAGCUUAGCCGAACCCCGGUCAUGGCGUCCUCCGUCGGACUCCCUCCGCUUGGCUCGGACCCGGACCGCCGUGCAGCUUCCUCCCCCGGCCUUCUGAGUGGUUCCAGGCCCGCCGUCCGGCCCCACCUGCCGGGCUGUGUGAUGGUGGAGUCCGUGGACGACGCGGAGGGUCUGUACGUGGCCGUGGAGCGGUGUCCGCUCUGCUCCACGUCCCGCCGGAGGCUCACCUGCGCCCGCUGCGUCCGGGACGGGGACUUUGUGUAUUUCGACGGGCGGAACACGGAGAGAUUCACUGAGAAGAUGGACAGGCUGCAGAAGCUGAAAGAAGAGAAAGACCAGCUGCAACAAAGGUAAGAGGACCAGGUGGACAAGGAGGACCAGGUCGACUGGGGAAAUGGGAAGAUCAUGUCGUGUAAGAUGAAGAUCGAGCAGCUGAAGGAGGCGGUUGCCCUGGGCAAUGAGGCGGUCAAGAGCGAUAAAGAACUCCUGACUCGCUCUCAGGAGGAAACUCAGCGUCUGCAGCGACGCGCCGGACGACACCAGGAGAAACGGGACAAAAUCGAACGACACAACCGUCGUUUGGGCGAAGUGCUGGAGAAACGGAGCCGAGAGCUGCAGAACCGCCUGGAGCAGCUGUCGGCGCUGAGGAGGGAACACAUCCUGGAGCUGAGCACGCACAUCUUCCCCACCCAGGAGGAGAAGCAGGGCAGUAGAGACCCCGCGGACGUGGUCGAGUGCGACCCUGCGUUGACCUCCAGUACGGUCAGUGAACUGGCUGAGGCCCGGCGGACCACCUACCUGUCAGGACGCUGGAUCUGGGACGACCAGAACGGAGAGACCAGCAUCAGCAUCACGGGACCGCCCGUCACUCUGCCCAGCAAUGGGGACUGCUCUGCCUACUACAGCUGGGUGGAGGAGAAGAGCACCAAUCAGGGGCCGGAGCUGGACCACAUUAACCCAGCCCACACCAUCAGUGCCGCCCGUUACUCCACCCAGCUGGUCACCAUCCUGUCUCACAUCCUGGACGUUCAACCUGCCAAGAAACUGUGCAACAGUGAGUUCUGUGGAGAAAACCUGAGCAGAUACCGCUUCACCAGAGCCUUGAGCAAACUCAACACCAACGUCCUGCACCUGUGCUUCUCCCAGCACGUGGACAGUGAGAAGCUCCACCCCCAUCACACCCUGAGGAACGUUAUGUUCCUGGUGUCACCUGAGAACCAGAACCUGGGCAGAACCGGCCCGUUUGAGGUCAGUGCCGACCUGGAGGAGUCCAUGGAGUUUGUGGAACCGGAGGCGUCAGGUCCGGCCGAGGAGAGUGGAGACGAGGCGGGGGUGACGGACGAGGAGACGGACCUGGGGACGGACUGGGAGACGGUGCCCAGCCCACGCUUCUGCAUCCCCUCACAGUCCAUGGAUCUUUCCCAGAGUGCACUGCAGGUGUCCCAGCCGGCCGCCAACACCGGGGGCAUGAUCUCCUCAGCCGCAGCCUCCGUAUCGUCCUGGUUCCGGGCCUACACCGGACAGCGCUAAACCGGAUCCGCCCAGACCCUGGACCCUGACCUUUGACCUCUGACCUUUGACCUCUGAUUUCUGACCUUUGAGCUCUUACCUUUAACCUCUGACCUCUGUUCAUCUGUUCACUCAAAGGAAAAACUGUUUUUUAUCUUGGACGUCGUUUUCUCCACGUUUGAGAAACUUUGGAUUUGGAACCUGGAUUUUAUAUGAAACUGAAACUGAAGAGGAAACAAAGGACUGGACUGACCUGGACCGACUGGACCAGACUAACCCAACUGGACCGACUGAACUGACCCGACUGGACCGGACUGACCUGGACCGACUGGACCAGACUGACCCAACUGGACCGGACUUACCCGGACCGACUCGACCGGGCUGACCCGACCAGACAGACCCAACUGGACUGACAGGACCGGACUGACCCGACUGGGCCAGACUGACCGGACCAGACUGACCCGACUGGACCGGACCGACUGGACAGACCCAGACUGGACUGGACUGCUGCAUGGUUUGGUGACUUUUCGAAGCCCUCCCAUUUGUCAGAUGUUGGUGUGAACCAGUCGAGUUCCUUUUGAAAUAAAUGGAACUAAGUUUUUCCAGGAGUUUGAAGAAUAAACCUGAUUAAAGAUGAACUGACGUCAGAAUCAAACAAACUUAUACUCACAUUUGUUUUGUCAGAAAAUGAGUCAUGACUUGAUUUUUGCCAAAUCUGGUUUAAUUUGACGUUUCAGUCGCUGAAGUUCAUCCAAAGUCUGGAAUAAAAGACAUGUUCUCUAUUUUAAUGUUUUUAUUCAAUAAAACCGUGUUUACUUCA